AAUGCGGUUUCGUUUUGUCUCUUUUAUCCGAGCCACACAGAGAGUUAGAAAUAUAGAAAAAAAAAUGUUUUUGCUUUUUGCAAAAUUGUCAACAUAAUGUGGUAUAUCAGGUAAUGUUUCCACUAAACAGAUUUCAGUUGCGAUGAUGUUGUCGAGUGAUUAAGAUAAAUUUAUCGAUUGGAGUGAAAAGUUUUUGAUUUCAAAUUAAAAUCUAGCUGGUUAAGAUAAAAGCAAAACGGUGGCAUAUAUACGCGAAGAGACAAACAAAAUUAAACCGAACUAAUGCAGUGAUACCGUGCGCGAUAUACAAAUAUUUUGUUUGAGAAAUUGUGUUAAGAUAUCCACAAGACUUGAUAUAUUAGCAGCUGGUUGUUGAUGAAUACAAUGACGGAGUACAAAAUAACUGGUGGAUUAAAACUGUUUGUUUAUUAUGUCUUUGUCGGCAGUGUUGUGAUCUUGACAAAUUUCACUUUAACUGUCGACUGUGAAAAUUUGGUAAAACGAAGCUUAAAGGAUAGUGUCAAAUGUUUGGAAGGUGCAAAAUUCUAUCGCAAUCCAGACCGACCGACCAACAAAAUCUGGACAAAUUCCGAAUGCUCAAAGUACUAUCUGUGCUUGGAUGGCGAAGUAUUCGAGUUUAAGUGUUCCGUUGGAUUACUGUUCGAUGUGUCUCGACAAAUAUGUGAUUUCAAGCAGAAUGUUGAUAAUUGUGAUGUCACGGCUGAGGAACGAGUUCCAAAACCACUGCUAGAAUCAGCCCAAUGUGCCGAAAGUAGUCAACUUGGAUGUGGUGACGGUACGUGCCUGCCAAACGAAUACUUCUGUGAUGGUUCUGUAGACUGUCCGGAUGGUUCGGAUGAAGGUUGGUGUGACGUUGAUAACGAUCCGAAUGCUGCUGAGGGCUGCGAUAUGUCACUGUGUACUCUGCCUGAAUGUUUCUGCUCGAAAGACGGAACGUUGAUACCGGGACGCCUUGAACCGAGCCAAGUUCCACAGAUGAUUCUGCUGACAUUUGAUGAUGCAAUCAAUUUCGAGAAUUGGGAUCUGUACACGACGAAGGUCUUUACGCCGAACAGAAAGAAUCCGAACGGAUGUCCCAUCAAAGCCACAUUUUAUGUAUCACAUCAGUAUACCAACUAUGCUCAAGUGCAGAAGAUGUGGAACGACGGCCAUGAAAUCGCGAUCCAUUCAAUAACCCAUCGAGGACCGGAAGAGUGGUGGUCUAAAAACGCUACUAUCGAAGACUGGUUCGACGAAAUGGUUGGCCAGGCAAAUAUAAUUAACAAAUUCGGAAACGUUCGUAUGGAAGACCUGCGUGGUAUGCGGGUUCCAUUUUUACGGGUCGGUUGGAAUCGUCAAUUCCUGAUGAUGAAAGAAUUCGGAUUUGUGUAUGAUUCCUCGAUGGUGGCUCCGUUCUCCAAUCCUCCGUUGUGGCCGUAUACGCUAGACUACAAGAUGCCGCACACAUGCACUGGAAAUAAUCAAAACUGUCCGUCUCGAAGCUAUCCGGGCAUAUGGGAAAUGGUGAUGAACCAGCUCGAAGCGGGCGAAUAUAAUUGUGGAAUGGUGGACAGUUGUCCGCCACAUUUGAACGGCGAAGAUGUGUACAGAAUGUUAACUCACAAUUUCAAACGGCAUUACCUGACGAAUCGAGCUCCAUUCGGCUUGUUCUUCCACUCGACGUGGUUUAAAAAGCAGGAGUACAUGGACGCUUUCACGCGAUUCAUGGACGAUAUGGGCAAACUGCCCGAUGUUUACUUUGUGACCAAAUACCAGGCGAUCCAGUGGAUCCGGAAUCCGACGACAAGCAAUCAAAUGAAUCAAUUCGAGCCGUGGAAUUGCAAAGGAAAGUCGUUGGAAGCGAACGAAUUGGCGUGUAAUCUACCAAACACAUGUAAACUGCACAGUAGAGUGUUGCAACAAGAUCGCUACUUGUACACCUGCAACGAAUGUCCGGCUCAGUAUCCAUGGAUACGAAAUGAAUUCGGUUUAGAUUAGCUGUACAAUUAGAUAGUUAGAAUGGGACGCUGCUGUAGUUGCUGAGGCCGUUUAAAGUGCUGAUUGAUAUGACUGUUGUUAUGUUUUUAAUAAAAUUGAGUUUGAAGAA